CAACAUGGAGACUGAGGGGAGGCUGGUCCAGUCAAUUUACUAUGGGAGUAUUGGAAGUCAGGACACAGAGCGGCUGCUGGAGAGAUUCGGGUAUGAUGGCAGCUUUCUACUGAGAGACAGCAGCACAGUACGGGGGGCCUACUGUCUGUGUGUGAGGAAAGCACCGUUUGUUCACACCUACAGGCUCCUACGCUCUGCCGAUGGCUGGUGCCUUCAGGAUUCAACAGUCAGAUCACCAACAUUUAGGACUCUGGAGGCACUAUUAGAAGGCUACAGGAGGACUGCUGUAGUUGGAAUAGCCCCGCUCACAGAUCCCCUGGACAAAACACGAGUACGAAACAGCUUGGGCGAAGACUUUCUUUACAUGGAAAUGAACAACAGCAGCAGCAGCUCUGUGUACUGAGGCCAUCGUGCUCUUAAUCUCUCAGACGAUCAAACCGACAGAAACCACAGUGCCUCACUCAUCUUGUCUGCCCCGUUUCACAAUUUCUUUGUGUAUUUAUUUUCAGUUUUUGUG